GGCCGGUAAACACUGCGGUGGGGAAACAGCGCGGCGCAGAGGCUGAGCUGAGGGGAAUGGUGUCAGACCCGCAGCUCAUGUUACUCACAGUAACACUGAGACAGUACCGGACAGCUAUGGCCACGCUGCUGGUUUGUGAGCACGGGACCGCGGGGAAAGCUUCCGUGGCUGGGCUGAGGGCUGACCCCGACCAAGCUGACAUUACUGCUCACCUUCUGACUGCUGAAGCCGCCUGACAGCAGGAACUGCGGAGAACAGGAAGAGGACCUGAACCUGUGGAGCUGAGCUCAUCAUCUUUAUUUAUGGUGCUGCUGGAAGAGCAAUGCAACAACCCACUACAGUGCGAAAGAGGCAGAAGGCCGCCCUGCAGCUGCAGCUGGCUUUUCUGGCCAGCGACAGACAUGCAUCCAAGGACACAGACACCCCUGUGAAGAAGCCUCAGUUCCACUUAGACCUCUGGUGCUUCUUCACCAUCCAGAACUGGGUACUGGACUUUGGUAGAUCCAUCAUUAUGAUCCUGUUUCCUCUUCAGUGGUUCCCUCUGAAUAAGCUUAUUGUUGGAGACUAUUUCCACAUCGCUUACAAUGUCAUCACACCCUUUCUUCUGUUGAAGCUCAUAGAUCGCAGUCCUAAGACGCUGCCUGUGUCUGCUGUUUACCUCUGCAUCAUCGCUUUUGUGAUGGGGGCCAGCAUAAAUCUGGUCGGAGACUCCAUGAAUCAUCGGCUCCUGCUCAGUGGCUACCAGCUGCACCUGUCAGUGAGGGAGAACCCCAUCAUGAAGAAUCUGAACCCACCUUCUUUGGUUGAUUCAUUUGAGCUACUUUAUUACUAUGAUGAACAUGUUGGACGGUGUUUAUGGUACAUCCCUUUCUUCCUCAUCCUCUUCCUGUACUUCUCUGGAUGUUUCACCGUCCUCAAAGUGGAGAAGAGAAUGCCCCAGUCAGCUUGGCUGCUCCUGGCUCCGAGUUCCCUGUACUACUGGUACUUAGUGACUGAAAGACAGAUCUUCAUCCUCUUCAUCUUCACCUUUUUUGCCAUGACAGCCACUGUGAUGCACCAGAAACGGAAAGGAUUGGUGCCUGACUGUAACGGACUAUUUCUGCUGUACAGCUUCUCAAUAGUUUUGAUUUUACUCACAGUCUGGGUCAGCUGUCUGUGGAAUGACAAGAUCCUCCGUAAAAAAUAUCCAGGAGUCAUCUAUAUACCAGAGCCCUGGGCCGUCUACACACUGCAUAUUAGAGAUAAACCCAGACUGUGAUGUCUGUGUGACAAUUAUGACUGUGUCAGGCCUCUGCAAUGCCUGUGAAUGAAGGAUGUCUGAAGAAUGAAGAAUGUCUGUUCCCUUUUUCCUUUUUUAAGUUUAAUCUACAAUCCAUUGUACAUUGUAUACUUCCUACUUUUAAUUAAUUGAGGUCUGAAGCUCUACCCUAGUCUUUUUCAGUUGUUUGGAAAUUGGUGCUACAUUCAAGAUAUAAGUUUUUUUUACUGUUUAAGGAACCUUAUAUGAAUCAUGUUAUAUUUACACAAUAAUUAUAUGUUUACUGACUUUUUGAACAUGCAAUAAAACCCUCACCUUCUCUUUUAA